UGGAUUUCUAUAAAAAGCGGGUACAGCUCGGGAUUCACCAGUCACCCCUGCGUUGGUUCCAGUAGUGACAGUGAGGAAAAUUCAAGUGCAGUCAUGAAGGUUUUGAUGCUCUCUUGUUUGCUGUUUGGCAUUGCCACUGCAAUGUACAUUGAGAGCGAAAACGAUGCUGAAGAAGACCCAACAUAUGGAGGCUAUGGAUAUGGGCACAAAGUGAAAGUCGUUAAGGGUCCUCCCGGCCCACCCGGACCUCCAGGACCACCCGGACCAGUAGGGCCAGCUGGCCCACCUGGAAGGAGAGGACCAAAAGGACCUCCAGGAAGCCCCGGCAGGAAAGGACGACCUGGACGCCCCGGACUACCAGGGCUUAACGGACGACCGGGUCGCCCAGGAAAGCCUGGAAAGCCAGGACGCCCAGGUAGACGAGGUUAUCCUGGAAGACCUGGAAGGCCAGGGAGAAAGGGAGAACCAGGAAGAGACGGCAGACCAGGACGUAGGGGACCAAGAGGUCCUGCUGGACCACGUGGCAGACCUGGAAAGCCAGGCAAGAAAUACUUGUACUCUCACCAUGGCAAAAUCUAUUAAGAGCUGACCAACAGACUGCCUGCUUUCAGGACACUUAUUUAUUGACAAAAGUCUCGUAGCAAUAACUAGUCUCGUAGCAAUAACGUGAACCAUUUCUAAUUGUAUGUUCCU